AUGGCACACCGGAGGCUGGCUGAAGGCGGGGAAGGUGUCAAUCAAUAUGAACUUUCCGUGAUAGAGGAUUGCUUGGACUUGGAGGCCGAGAUGGGACUUCUGCAGCAGAGGGCAAUUUCCAGUUCGACAAUUGACUCAUCCAGCCGGGUAACGCAGCUAGUGUCGAUGCUACAAGAGGCUGCCGCAGCGCAAGAGUCUAUGCACGGAAGUCUUCCUAUUGCAGUGCAGCUGCCCUCAAGCGAGCAGUGGCUGGGCUACCAGAGCGGUUUUGCACCUGCAGAUGGUGGGCUGGUACACAUGCAAACCCCUUUAAUUCACGCAUCUGCUGAACAUGGCGAGUCCAGUAUGGUGACACCUGGUCUUGACCCCAACUCUUGGAUAGAUGCUGCUCCAAGGUUUGGCCUUCAGUCUAUAGGGCAGGAAGGACAUGGGUUUUCCCCGGUUACUGAUGACGAGAGAAGGACUGAGCAUGCACCAGCAGUACCCCCAUGGCAACGAUAUCACCGGCGUGACUUCAAGGAAAUCAUUUGGACUGGAGACAUUCGAAGUCACCCGUAUGUUCGGCUUCCGGUGCUGGGGGAAGGUGUCUUUCCUAGGUAUAUCGAUGCAAUGUCGCUCUUUGUACAGCGGCCGUGGAAGUUGUCACCCCAUACCCACCUGGCUACGAUACGGAGCCUACUUUUGCAGAAGACACUGAACCAGAUGGAUGUCAACAGUCUCAUGAAUGCAGUUGAACGGUUGAUAAUCUCAUCCUGGAUUCAGGGGAAGAAGGGAGCAAGAGGUAACUCUCCCAUUUACCUGGUUGAAGCCUUGGGUAAUUAUUUCUUGGCGUUCGAUGCCAUCGUAUGUACAGCCGAGGUUUUGGGGCAGUACAUGCUACUUCCGGUAUGGUGGAACACAUACGUAUCAGCCUUUCACACGAAUUACGAUUUUCCCGUUUCAGCAGUUGGUAUGACCGAAUUAGCUGGAUUCAACACGGAGUUGGCAAAACGGCUUGUGGCUGCCUUGGAAAUCUAUAAGCAAGGAAUGCGCCCUCCACUUAUGGAGGUGGUUGCAUUGAAAAGGCUGCUGUUCUGCUAUCCAUUGGGACGCCAUCGGUUAAAGGAUGGCAAAUGGGACGACUGGCGAAAAGAUGGAGAAAUGACCUGA